CUUGUGAGGGAGUGAGGAGGAGCGAUCUCGUGUUCCUGUUGACUGUAAGUACACGUCAGCGGUAGAGACCUCCUCAUUCUCAGAUCACUUUCUCUUCCUGUUUCCAACUUUGUUGCACAUGACACUUUAUCUGGAACGAUGUUCGUGUUUCACCUGUGAAAAUGCCCGGAUUAUGCCCACAACAGACGUGUAACAGCAGUACAUAAGGUUUCCAUGGUGCUUUGACAUUGAAAAUGAGAUUCCGGUUGUUGAAGAAGAACUUUAUUGUGUUCCUCGUCAUUUUAGUUGUGUUUAUAAUGUUGUUUUAUUCCAUAAGACGGACUAAAGAUGAUGCAAACGUGGAUGUGACUGAGAAAGACAGCACACAGACUGCUGUAAUGGGUAAAUUUGAGUUUGGCAGCAUCCAGAGUAUGAGAAAGUCCAUCUAUGACAGCAACUACAGGCAGAUCAUUCAGAACGGAGACAAAUUUCCAUUGGAGCCGGAGGCGGUGGUCGUCGUGCAAGUCCACAAUCGACCGGCGUACCUCAAAAUGCUCAUACAGUCCCUGGAAAAAGUCGAUGGAGUACAAAACACGCUCUUGAUAUUCAGCCAUGACUACUUCUCAGAGGAAAUUUCCAACAUGGUCAAGGGAAUCACCUUCUGUAGGGUCCUCCAGAUCUACUUCCCCUACAGCAUCCAGCUGUAUCCAAACGAAUUCCCAGGACAAGAUCCGAGAGAUUGUCCGAGAGACAUUUCAAAGGAGGACGCCAUCAAGAAGGGAUGUUUGAACGCAGAACACCCGGAUUCGUACGGACACUACAGGGAAGCGUCCAUCACUCAAACCAAACACCAUUGGUGGUGGAAGCUGCAUUUUGUGUUCGAGCGAGUGCAGGUUCUUCGCGGAUACAAUGGAUACGUCGUGUUCAUCGAGGAAGACAACUACCUUCUGCCAGAUUUCCACAAAUACUUAAAGUCCAUGAUCGAGGUAAAGAAAACCAGCUGUGGGGACUGCGACGUCCUCGCACUGGGCAACCACAAUGGUUUAUCAGGAUUUCACGAGCUUUCCAGCAAAACGGAGACGGCAGGAUGGCUGUCCACCAAGCAUAACAUCGGAAUGGGAAUCUCCAGAGAGCUCUACUACAAACUGAUGGGAUGCAACAACGCGUUCUGCACCUAUGAUGAUUAUAACUGGGACUGGACCCUCCAGAACUUGUCCGGUACGUGCGUCUCGAAAGCCCUCAAGGUUCUGGUGGCUCGUGGAAGCCGGGUUCUUCACACGGGCGACUGCGGCCUGCAUCAGAAGGAGGAUUGCCGGCCGGAGAUGGCUCAGGAAAGGGUGGAUGCGGCACUUAAAGAGGCUCAUUCUGCGCUUUUCCCUCCCAUACUGACAGUGACGGACCACGGGCCGGUGCAGCAUCAACCUCACAUGAAAAACGGAGGCUGGGGGGACGUUCGCGAUCACACGCUGUGCAUCAACUACGCAGCUCGACUCUGAGCGGGACGUUUGAAUGUGUGCCAUUCAGAACAUCAGGGUUACAUGUUGCAGGUUAACGAUUUUGCUUUCACCAAAAAUAGGGAAAAUGUGAGUAUGUGUAUAUUUGCAAAUGGAAAAAUGUCACUCUAAAAAAUGCCGGGUUAAAAACAGCCCAAGUUGGGUUGAAAAUGGACAAACUCAGAGAUUGGGUUAUUUUAACCCAGCGUGUUUGACCCAACCUGCUGGGUAGUUUUAUUUAACUCAACUUUUGAUUAAAAAUUACUGUAUUUCUAGCUUAAAAUGAACCCAAAAUAGGUUGGAAAUUAAAAAUCUGACAUAAUUACUAGAUGCAUCAAUAAUAAUCAGAAGGUGAACAGCAAUUUAAUAAAUGUUUAUUGUUUAAUUAUUAUUCAUUAAACUUGUUAAUAAUUGUUCAAAUAUUAAACAUAUUAAUAAAUGUUAAUUUCCAACAUAUUUUGGGUUGAUUUUAAGCAAGCAAUAUAGUCACUUUUAAUCAGUAGUUGGGUUAUAUAGAACUACCCAGCAGAUUGGGUCAAACAUUUAACCCAACUGCUGGAUUAAAACAACCUAAUUGCUGGGUUUGUCCAUUUUCAACCCAACUUGGGUUAUUUUUAACCCAGAAUUUUUAGAGUGGUGAAUGCAUCUCAUGAAAAACAAAAACAAACAAACAAAAAACAGGUUGAUUUUCACCCCAAAUCAAUUGCUUCUUUAAUUCCCAUAGGCUACUGAAAGAAAUUCACUCUAAAAAAUGCUGGGAUGUUUCAAAUAUGGACAAACCCAA